AUGAUAUUGGGUUUAUUUGUGACUGUAAUCAUAUUAGCGGUGGGGAUGGUAGAAAACGGUUCGUCCCCGACUAUGCAAGUAAAUGAGAGUACUACAUGUGAGGAAUUCAGCCGCUUCGCCAGAUUUAAUCCAUACUCCGUUCUGGAUGACGAAUGGAUGGUUUUUUAUUAUUGGGGACCCUCUCAAAGCCCCAUGUUCGUCAGGUUUUUCAUACCCACUAAAAAGCAUAUAGCAUAUAUGAGGUAUGAAAUGGAUCAUCAUUUGGUAGCGCCAAUUAAUUGGACGGCAAGAGGUGUGUUCAUGAAAGAAAGGACAAACAUGACCUAUUACCUAGAAGAGGUCUCAGACAGAGGACAUUAUAAAUUAUAUGAACUCUACAGAGACAUAAAAGAAAACGUUGUACUCACACCCGUGGAUGUAAGAUUUAAACAAACCAGUGACACUCGAUAUUUCGCUGUCAUGAACUGUGAUGAAGAUGUUGUGUACCUGUUCUCAAGAGUCGCGCACGUGCCUAAGAAGAAUGAGAUCCAGGAGGUAGCUUCUAAGUUUGGUUACCGAGGUCGUGGGGGCAGGUCGUAUCUGUACCAGGGACACCAUUGGAUGCCUAUCGAUGAAGCUGAUGAGGAGGAUUAUGAAGACGCCUUGAAAGGAAUUUAUUAA